GGCUAGUGAAUCGCGCCAUUUCAAAGCUCAAGCCAUUCCAGAAGACCAGGCGAUUUAUGGAGUUUCAUCUUCUCACCCAGCUCGCCGGAGCAAUAUGGCAGAGCAGGCCCCCAUAACGUUUGACACAGACGGACAUCUACGAUACAAUGCACGUUCGAAGUCAGACUUCUUGUCUGCACACCAGGUCAAGCAACUCUACCUGGCAAGCUCGAUUCACUCCACCUGCCGCAUCGAGGUGUUGCAAUCGAGUGUAUCAAGCUUCGGCUAAAGGCGCACGAAGAGUCUCGGUCUCGCGCUGGACUGUCAUAGCCACUUGUCGUUGGACGAAAGCGUCUCGAGAGUGAAGGCGAGAACUCUAGGAUUGCUGCGCCGCGCUACUCGUCACGUCACAGUGCAGAUCGUGUGUGACGUAGCCACACUGCUGGGAGGCGCACAUAAGCUCAGAUUUCUACCACGGUGGUGGUAAAUACCGGCUCUAUUCAUGGGAUCAAGUAUUCGCGCGGAAGGGGCCGCGAAGGGUGUAACCUCCACCGUAUGCGCUGAACGUGAUAAGGCUCGAGGAACAGUGAUAGACUGACAGUGCGCGAACAGCUCGGCAAUGCAGCCGGCGGCGUCUCGCGUACGGUGGGCGGCGGUCUUGGUGCU